AUGGAAUACCAAAAGAUCCGGUUCGGUCACGAUUCACGUUCUCAUAUAAAUCAACUUCUUGUACAGAGGGAAUUUUACCCAAACCAGAGGCCAUAUACAAAAGCUAUCCAUUCAGAUCCAUAUGUUGUUAAGCGUUUUAAUAAACCCGAGAGUUUUGUAGGUCAUGACGGUUGUGUAAAUACCGUUGAAUGGAACGAAACAGGCAACGAUUGUAAUCUUAAUAUUUGGUCUCCUUUUGCUAAACCUGAAAAACCUCUUCUCCAUUCAGUACCAUCUGGUCAUACUGCAAACAUCUUUUCCGCCAAAUUUAUGCCAAAGACAAAUGAUCGACAUAUAGUUUCUUGUUCUGCUGACGGAAUCGUCAGGUUCACGGAUCUUAACGAUUUUAUUGCUUAUUCUCCUUCAAAUAAUUGGAACCCUUCACCAGCAUUUCAAUGUCACACUAAUAUGACGUUUGAAGUUUUACCCGAUCCAAAUAAUCCAUACGUGUUUUUCUCUUGUGCAGACGAUGGUCGAAUAAAAAGAUACGAUCUCCGCAUUAGUAAAUCUUGCGAUAAAAAUUGUAGGCGUCACACAUUUUUGGACAUGAAUCCUACGCGUAAACCAAAGAAGAGGGAUUUGCAAAACAGAGACAAACCUAAUGAUAAAAGUGAUGAUGCUCGUUCACAAAGCGAAUCCGAAUCAGAACAACAAUCAGAGCGUAGUAGGAUAAAUUUUCUUCCAUUUCGACAUAGAGAUGUGGGCAUCACGGCUAUGUCAAUCAGACCAGAUAAUCCUAUUUAUUUGGCUGCUGCAUGUGGAGAUGAUACUGUACGCAUAUAUGACCGGCGUUUUAUUAAAGUACCAUCAUCAGGUUCAAAUAUUCCUUAUCAUCAAGAUAGUCAAGUUUAUCGAUUUCUUCCUAAUGCGAUGCGGCAGAAUCCGGAUAAAGAAUCGUCGAAUCAUCAUCGAAUGACUAGUUUGAAAUAUGAUCCAAAUGGUGGUGGUGAUUUAUGUGUUAGUUACAGUAGUGAUAAAGUUUAUUUGAUUAGGCCAGGAGCUGGUCUAAUUGAUAAGCCAAGAAAGACAAGAAAAGGAGCAGUCAGGAUAUCGAGAAAGAAAGAACGUGACGAAUCAGAGCCUGAAAAUAAGCCGUCAGACGAUAACGUGGAAGGAGAGUCCCCUAUUAAAAAUAUAGUUGGUAAAGGGAAAGCAAAAGAAGAAAAUUCAUGUGAAGAGAGAGACACCAUUCCUACAUCAUAUUUGUUUGAAAGUACUAUAAAAAAUAAAGAGGUUGAUAAUUAUGAUGAGGAGGUUUUGAGUGAUCAAGAUAACCGGCAGCCUAUAACACAAAAAAUGAAUGAUAUCAAGGACGAAGACGACGAUUAUGAUGAUUACAUGUAUAGUUCCGAUGAGGACGACGAAGAGGAUAUAGAUGAAGUGCACGAUGAAGAUAUAGCCAUGUCCUACACCGGUCAUUUAAAUUCCAGAACAAUGAUUAAAAAAGCAUAUUUCUUUGGAGCAAAAUCCGAAUAUAUUAUGUCUGGUUCGGAUGACGGUCGUGUAUUCAUAUGGGACAAACUGACAGGAAAAGUUAUCAAUUUAUUAAAAGAUGGUGAUACGAAGGUUGUAAAUUGCGUUCAACCACAUCCGUAUUAUCCAAUUUUAUGUACAUCUGGAAUUGAUUAUGAUGUGAAACUUUGGUAUCCUAAAGGAGAAGAAAAUGAUCUUUCGGAUCUUGAAAUGAUUUUAAAGUAUAAUGAAGAAGAAGCGCGUCAAGAAAGUGCUAUUGGAAGAUGGGGAGGCACCGAGAAUCAAUUUUCGUUAUUGUUUGCUUUACUCAGUGAGCUCGGAGCUAAUGUGUCUAACAUUUUUGAGGAAUGA